CCGUAUCACCCUGGUGGACGAGUAUGAGUCUGAUGCCAUGCUGGAUGUGACACCUGCUCUGUGGAACAUUUCUGGCCCUCUCUGCUAUUGUCAAUUUACUGAUUGCUCUGCUUUCUGACACCUUCCAAAGGGUCUAUGACAAUGCACUGGCCAAUGCGGUGAUGCAACAAGCUGCUAUCAUUCUGCAAAUAGAGGAAUCCAUGCCUUGUCUGAGACGUUGCUAUGACGACGAGUACAUCCACCAGCAUCGUGCCCCGCUUGGAGAAUUCUAUGACGAUGAUGUCACCUCUAACCCGGGGCAAGAUGCGGAGAUGAAGAAGCUCACAGAACAGAUCAAGGAUACUUUAGAUAAAUAUCUGAACAUCCAAAAAGAGACACUCUCACCUCAGCUAGCCUAUGCAGGUGCCAGAGAAGAUACCACAAGGAGAAGCGCUGCACUUCCAGAGAAAGAAGAACAUCUCAAGACUCUUCACAGGCUUGAGAAAGACCAGCAGAAGCACAGCCAGGACUUGAGUGAGCUGAAGGCUGACAAAUGGCUGCAGGUGAGCAACCUGCCCAAAGAGGUGUACCAGCACUUGGCCUGCUACGUCCCCAAGAUCUACUGCCUGGGCCCCAACCUGAACCCUCAGAAUGAAGACCUGCUGGCUCCGCUGCUACUUCAGAGCCCGCUGGAGUGGUACCUGUGCGGGGAAGAGCCGUCCGUGGGAUUGGCCAAGCUGGAACAGAACAACCAGCCCUCACAGCUCUGUGGCCAUGUGUUUAAAGUGGGAGAGCCAACGUACUCCUGCAGGGAGUGUGCGGCUGAUCCGACCUGCGUGCUGUGUAUGCAGUGCUUCUUAGGCAGCGUUCACAAAGAGCAUCGCUACAGGAUGACCACCUCAGGAGGAGGAGGAUUCUGCGACUGCGGCGACACAGAGGCCUGGAAGAAGGGCCCUUACUGUCAGAAACACGAGCCCAAUAUCAGUGACUCUUCCCAGAAGGAUCCGUUGGCUAAUCUGUCUGAUGAGAUGAUUGCUCGCACAUAUAAUGUUUUCUCCAUCAUCCUCAAAUAUGCUGUGGACAUGCUCACCUGGGAAAAAGAGGACGAGCUACCUGAAGGCCUUGAGCCACCGGCGCGUGGAGACACGUACUACUGCAUGCUGUUCAAUGAUGAGGUCCACACGUACGAGCAGGUCAUCUAUACACUACAGAAAGCCGUGAACUGCACUCAGAAAGAGGCCGUCAGUUUCGCCACCACUGUGGACAGAGAUGGCAGGAAGUCUGUUCGCUUUGGGGACUUCCAGUUUUGUGAGCAGGCCAAAUCUGUUAUUGUGAGGAACACGAGUCGGCAGACGAAACCCCUGCGGGUUCAAGUCAUGCACUCUUCUGUAGUGGCUCAUCAGUGUUUUGCGCUCAAAGCUCUCACCUGGCUCGGCCAAAUCAUCAGAUACUCAGAUGCUCUGAGGAGGAUCCUGUGUCAGGUGGGUCUGCAGCGAGGACCGGAGGGAGAGAACUCUUCUCUAGUGGACACGCUCAUGCUCUGUGACUCCAAGAUGUGGAAAGGAGCGAGAAAUGUUUACCACCAGCUCUUUAUGAGCAGCCUACUCAUGGAUACAAAGUACAAGAAACUUUUCGCAAUCCAGUUUGCAAAGAACUAUGAGCGCUUGCAGAACGACUACGUGAAGGACGACCAUGACAGGGAGUUCUCAGUCACUGAUCUUUCUGUGCAAAUGUUCACCGUGCCUUCUCUGGCGCGGAUGUUGAUCACAGAAGAGAACCUGAUGACCACCAUCAUCCGCACCUUCAUGGACCACCUCAGACACCGAGACCUGCAGGGCCACUUUCAGUUUGAACGCUACACUGCACAACAGGCCUUCAAAUUCCGAAGAGUCCAGAGCCUUAUAGGAGACCUCAAGUAUGUCCUGAUAAGCCGUCCAACAGAGUGGACCGACCAACUCAGGGAAAAGUAUCUGGAAAGUUUCGAUGCUUUCUUGGAGUUGCUAAAAUGCAUGCAGGGAAUGGACCCUGUAGUGCGUCAGGUGGGGCAGCACAUAGAGAUGGAGCCAGAAUGGGAGGCAGCGUUCACCUUACAGAUGAAGCUCACACAUAUCAUCUCUAUGAUGCAGGAAUGGUGUGCAAAUGCUGGAGCUUCCAUGAUGGAUCCAAACCACUUCCUGAUGAUCAUGUUGAGCCGUUUUGAGCUCUAUCAUAUCUUCAGCUCAGCAGACUGCAGAAAGAGAUGCAGCAGAGAGAACGCUAACAAGGAUGUGGUUCAGCAGAAUAACACACUAAUUGAAGAGAUGCUGCAUCUGGUCAUUAUGAUCGUGGGGGAGCGAUACACAGCAGGUGUUGGUCAGGUGGAGUGCUCUGAUGAGAUAAGGCGAGAGAUCGUUCACCAGCUAUGCAUUCGAUCCAUGGCCCACAGCGAGCUGGUCAAAGCCCUGCCUGAGAAUGAGAAUAAGGAAACCGGCAUGGAGAGGGUCAUCGACAGUGUGGCUUCGUUUAAGAAGCCUGGUGUGACUGGUAGAGGACUUUAUAAACUCAGGCCAGAGUGUGCCAAGAUGUUCAACCUUUACUUCCACCAUUACUCCAGAGCUGACCAGUCUAAGGCUGAAGAGGCCCAGAGAAAAAUAAAGAGGCAAAAUGGGGAAGAUUCAGCACCAGGUGAGGCUCCUGCUAACACUCCCAGUAUCUUGGCUCUAUUGGAAACCCUGCAGAACGCUCCUCAUCUGGAGGUGCACAAGGACAUGAUCCGCUGGAUCCUCAAGACUGUGGCCAACAUCAAAACCAUGCGGGAGUGCACAGCCAGUGCGCCCCCUAGUGACAGCUCAGGGCACAGUCAAGAGGAGACGGUGCGGGAUAAAGAUAAGGCGGAGCGGAAGAGGAAAGCAGAGAUGGCGCGGCUCCGGAGGGAGAAGAUCAUGGCUCAGAUGUCAGAGAUGCAAAGACACUUCAUCAACGAGAACAAAGAGUUGUUCCAGCAGAGCCUGGAGGAGCUCGACCCAUCCACCUCCUCCACAUUAGAGCACAGCCCCAGUUCGUGUGAUUGUACACUGGUCUGUGUGGGGCCGCGGCGGUGGCGUGCAGGCGGCAGUGAGAGGAGGCAGGUGGUGACGUGUAUCCUGUGUCAGGAGGAGCAGGAAAUCAGGACUGACGGCAAAGCCAUGGUGCUCGCUGCUUUUGUCCAGCGCUCCACAGUCAUGUCCAAAAACCGCAAGCGACCUCCACACAACCCAGAUAAGUAUGACCCUCUCUUCAUGCACCCUGACCUGUCGUUCGGCACGCACACAGGCAGCUGCGGACACAUCAUGCACUCGCACUGCUGGCAGAGGUAUUUUGAAGCGGUGCAGGCUAAAGAGCAGCGCAGGCAGCAGAGGCUACGUGUGCACACCAGUUACAACGUGGAGAACGGAGAGUUCUUGUGUCCACUCUGUGAAUGUCUGAGUAACACAGUCAUUCCUCUGCUGCCUCUUACAAAGAUCAGCUGCAGCUCUGAACAGCCUGAUCUGAGCCAGUGGUUGAACAUCACCUCUCUGCAGAUGAAAGCCCUGCUCUCUGCUCACAGGAAGGCCAAGGCUGCAGAUGCUGAUGGUGUUGAUGAUAUGGAUGGUGUUAAUGACUGUCCUCCACCUGAUGGCUUCAAACUGGACUACACUCCAAAGAACCCGUACUCAAGCACCAUAAAGGAGAUGUUGACCACGUUUGGGACAGCAUCAUAUAAAGUGGGUCUUAAAGUGCACCCAAAUGAGCAGGACCCCCGCGUGCCAAUCAUGUGCUGGGGCAGCUGUGCCUACACCAUUCAGUCCAUAGAGAGAUUGCUGGUGGAUGAAGAGAAGCCUUUGUUUGGAAGUUUACCAUGCAGACAGGAUGACUGUUUGAGUUCUCUGACUCGGUUUGGCUCGGCCUGCUGGACCGUCUCCUCUCAUGCCACUGUACAGAAUCACUUUAUUAGGCUCUUAGCAGCCCUUGUUCCUGAUCCUCGGGUGGAGAAUACACCGUGCAUUCUGGACAUAGACAUGUUUCACUUGCUGGUGAGCUUGGUGCUGUCCCAUCCAGCGGUUUUCUCUCUGGAUUCCUCAGGGCUGAGUGCAGACACUGCACAGCUGCACUUCCUGCAUCUCGUCACAGUUGCUCACAUAGUCCAGAUCCUCCUAACCUCCGUAGCAGAGGAGGUGCGGAUGGAGCAGGAAAGUGGAGGAGCAGAGAGGGAAGAGGAGGAGAAAGUGUGUAUGUUCUACAACACACUCAGGAUGCAUCUGGGAAGCGGUCUGCGUGAGGUGAACUCAGGCUGGCAUCUGUGGCGCUGUGUGAAAGCUGGAAUCCUGCCUUAUCUGAGGGCAGCUGCUAUGUUCUUCCACUAUCUCAACGGAGCUCCAGCACCACCCGAGUUACAUACUCUAGGUGUGGGUGAAUGGGAGGCUCUGUGUGGAUACCUGUGUCUGCCCUCCAACCUGCUCCAGCUCUUCUACAACAACCGGGAGCUCAUGGAACCUCUGCUACACGGGUGGUGCUCUCAUCCAGGUGUGCUGCAGGGUCUUCAGAGCAGCGUGGCUGUCAUCAGGUUUCCUAGAGACUCUAAUUAUCUCAUAGAGCUGCCAGGCGACUACAGCGCCCUGAUUAACCAGGCCUCCAGCUUCACGUGUCCUAAAUCUGAAGGAGACAAGUCUCGCGCUCCUACUCUGUGUCUGGUGUGCGGUGCUAUGCUGUGCUCUCAGAGCUACUGCUGUCAGACCGAGCUGGAAGGAGAGGAUGUGGGCGCAUGCACCGCACACACUUUCGCCUGUGGAGCCGGAGUCGGCAUCUUCCUCAGGGUGCGGGAAAGUCAGGUCCUGUUCCUGGCUGGCAAAACUAAGGGCUGUUUUUAUGCUCCCCCAUACCUGGACGACUAUGGGGAAACCGACCAAGGGCUAAGACGGGGAAACCCAUUACACUUGUGCCAAGAGCGCUACAGGAAGAUCCAGAAGCUGUGGCGCCAGCAUAGCAUCACAGAGGAGAUCGGCCAUGCUCAGGAGGCCAAUCAGACUUUGGUGGGCAUCGACUGGCAGCACCUGUGAAGUCACGUGAUGCUUUCUCACACCUUCGCCCACCCUUAAUACAUAAGGGGACCCGCACAGCAGAGCUAGAGGUUGCCAAGGUGUCACCAUGGCCUCUUGCUCUUCCUCCACCCCUUUCUCCAUCUUUCUGACAGUGGAUGAAUGCAUGACUUUCGGGGGUUUUUUUGGGGGGAGAUUUUUCUCUUCCCAUUUUCUUUUAAAUAUGAUAUAAAUACAUAUUUAAAAAGACAUAUAGCCAAGGUAUUGAACCCAAACAAUAUGGGUUCCUUCGCAACACAGAUAUUCUUCAUAGGAAUGCUAUUUAAUUUCUUCUCCAAGUAAUAUUCAAUUAAAUUCAAGGUAUUUUGUUU